UCGAAGUGCCCCCUGCUAAUCCAGUUCGGUACAAGCCCGGCGGUCUCCGUGCCCGGUAUCAAGCGCUCCAGUCCAGCUUUCUAUCGCGGUUCCGGCGAACUCCCAUCCUCCUCAGCCAUACCCACGGCGGUUUUCAGGAGCAGGAAACAUACUUACCUACUCCAGGGUCCCAGAACCGUGAGUCUCAUCCACACCACUCUCAGCCAGACGCCUGGUGUCCAUUCACACUUUACACACCUGUCACUAAGGACUGUCAGUUAUACUUACCUUACCGCUCCGAGCUUCAUUCGGUACCGCACUCCACAGGCACAUUCUCCCCCAUGGCACUUACCCUCCAACGCUGGUCGGUAAACGGGCCACCCGGUUGA